GGAAUGGGUACUAGUAGCUUUAGACAACCGAGGAAGCCGUGAUCUGCACCUUCUUCUAGGCGUGGUCUUCUCCUACUCUCAUUUUGCUGCAGGCCUCCACCUCCUCGUUGUUGCAUAAUUUCCUCGUUUUCGCCCUGCAGACCACGUUGAGACAUCUUCUAAUUUGACUGAGUAUCUGUAAAGACUCGCUAAGUUGACUAAUGAGAUCUUCACUGCUUCGGAUUUUUUGUCGUCGUCCCCCGCUUACUUUUGUAGAAAGAAAAAGAUUGAAAUAUCAUGAUGCCGGUAUAGUUUCACCGACUUGCUAUGCAAGUAAAAAAGUCGAUAAGCUAGAUUUAUCGAGCAAGAAUAACGAUAAAUCCGUUGUAGAAAAUAACGCUAACCGCGAACCAGUACAACCAGAAGAACGGUUUCCUUCAUUUGUAAGAAACCUGUUUGACAAGCUAAAAUCAUUCCUCAAAAUGGUCACCGCAGACCCAGGCUCGAGCCUCAAGCGGCCUUUAGAAGCCGUAGCUAAUUCUCAAGGGGCACCAGGAGAGAAGGAGGACGCCGAUGCCAAGCGACAGAAGAAACCAGUACAACUAGAAGAUCUUGGAGGCACUACAGGAGCAAAUGGUGCUUCAUCAUGUGGGAGUCCAGAUAGCGCUCAGAAAGUAAAACCUGGUGGUUCUUCAUCUUCAAUUUCAAACCUAUUAGCAGAUGCGAAGAGUGCAGUACAAUCGCUGCGAGAUGGACUUGUUCCUGCGACUAGUGCUGUUGCUCAACAAGCAGGAACAAGUAGUUCGUCCUCGUCCUCCACCAAGCUGACUGCCUUGGACAUGAUGAAUCUGGGGAAGGCAGUUAAAGCAACAAAUACAGGUACAGGAGGAGCAGGAGGAACAGAUGGUGUUGGAGCUACAGGUUCGGCGAACGCUGGCACAGGACCUUUGUCCUACUGGGAGGAUUUCCGCAGGGCAGAAAGAGCUUUCAAAACAAUAGCCCAAAGUACAUCUUCUGCGACAUCCUCGUCGAAGUCAAAGGAAAUCAUCGUCAAAGAUCAUCUAGCUUCGACGUCCUUUCACCCAAAAGUUUUCACCAACUUCGAUCCCGACAAACCCCUUCCCUUUCAACUAAUCGCUGACGGCCUCACCUUGAUCGAGGAGAAGAUUGGCAGCGGUAAAGGGUCCAACAAAAUGAAAAUCGUCGUUUUGACUAACGUUUUCCGCACGAUCCUCUACAAACGGAAAUCCGACUUGCUCUUCGCGGUGUACUUCCUGCUAUCGAAAGUAGGUGCUGACUACGAAGGGUUAGAGGUUGGAGUUGGCGACUCGCUAGUUUUCAAGGCGGUUUCGACGUCGUUUAGUUCGAGUCAGUCAGCAAUUCAGGACUUGAUCACGCGAUCGGAAGCGCAAGACAUAGGAGAAGCGGCUUUGAUUAUGGCAAUGGUGAUAGUGAAUCCGUCGUUUUUCAAGAUGAAAAUCGAAAUAAUAGUAUCAUCACCAAAACAAGCUGGACCUUCUAGAACAAGAAGUGAUAAUAUCAUGAUAUACCACUGGUUUUGUUAGUACAUGAAGAUCAUCAUCACUGCUGCUGCUCAUCCUCAUUCGCAUUCCUCUUGUGAAUACUUAGGCCUCUACUCCCAGUAUUCGCCUCUAAUCCCCUCCUGAAGAUGAAGACACGGCAGAUUAUGACGCCAGCUAGGUUGACGAUUGCGAAGGUCUUCACUGAAAUUCGCGAUAAGAUCGCGAAGGCAGAGGGCAAGAAUUCUCAGAAGCAGAAAACCGAAACUAUGCAAAAGCUGAUUGCCGCUACUCAGCGCGACGAGGUAAAAUACCUAGUUCGUUCAUUCCAAGCUAAGUUGCGUGUAGGCAUCAACAAUGCCACAAUCUUAGUCGCCUUAGCGCAUGCAAUUGUGUUUGCGGAUUGCAGUGACAGUCGGACAGGGGGACCGGAAUUUGGAAGUGAUUUGGAGCUGGAAGCGAGGCUGCAAGCGAUGGAGACGGCAGUCAAGCGGGCAUACUGUGAAUGCCCCAACUAUGAACGAAUCAUCAAUGCAUUGACAAGUCCUCCGCAGCCUGCACCAGAUGCCACUAGUGGCGAAGCAGGAGGUGCACCUGGUGCUGCAUUAGGAGUUCCUACAACUUCAUCGUUCACCCACAACUACAUCACUCCUGAGCGUCUGAACAAGAUGUGCAAGAUCACACCAGGCAUUCCUCUGAAACCCAUGCUCGCCAAGCCUAGUAAGGGGAUUCACGAAGUUCUUGAACGCCUAGCGAACACGAAGUUCACUGCUGAGUACAAAUAUGAUGGUGAACGAGCGCAGGUGCAUGUUUACAAGACGAAAAGCGGGAAGAUCGAGUACAGGGUUUACAGUCGAAACAGCGAAAACAUGACACCCAAGUAUCCAGACGUCAUCGAGAUCGUGAAGAAAAACCUCGGAGACGGAGUAACGUCGCUGAUUUUAUGACCAAGCAAGCGGGACACUCCUGGUUCUUUGAAAUAAUUGAAUGAUUCUUUGAAAGAUGACAAAAAGACAAAGACUUAAAUUCUUGAUUGUUGUACUUUCUGUGUCCGCAUCAAACUGUACUCUCGUCUCUGCUCCUUCCUCAAUCUGUUUUGUAGCAGCUUCUUGGUCUCAUCUUCCUCUUCCUCGCAACAUAAGUACUUUUUCUAAUCUGCGUCGACGCUGAGGUUGUCGCUUACGAACCAGCUACUAAAACGAUCCAACCCUUCCAGAAGCUCUCCACUCGUAGCAAGAAGAACGUGAAAAUUGAGGAUAUCAAGGUCCAAGUUUGUCUGUUCGUGUUCGACUUGAUCUUCUUAAACGGUAAGCCUUGGACCGGGAAAACGCUACUUAAGGGUUUCCACAAUUUUGCUUCCUCCUGCACUACCAUGACCAUUCUUGACUUGUUUCCCUCCAAGAGGAAAUACGAAGUCAAGGAUGGUCUGAAGAGAGCAAAAAUGGCGCAACCACUAAUCUACGCGAACGUCGUGACAAGUUGCAGUCGGCGUUGAAGCACAGCGAGGGGACGUUGCAUUUUGCAGAGGGCAAGGACAUGGAGUUGGUGGAGGAAGAUAUUCAGAAUUAUCUGAACGAGGCAGUGGGUGGAAGUUGUGAAGGUUUGAUGCUGAAAACGCUGGACGACAACGCGACGUAUGAACCGAGUAAAAGGUCACUGAAUUGGCUCAAGUUGAAGAAAGAUUACAUGCAGGGGAUGGGAGACAGCGUAGAUGUCGUGCCGAUCGGUACAGACUGUUUGUUUGUUGAAGAUGAUCACAUGUACUUUCACUUCUACUUCUAGGCUACUUCUGGUUCUGUCUUUCUUUUUAGCACCAUCUUGAUAUUCAAGAGCAUUGUUCAAUCACAAUGUGUAUAACUUGAACGCAGAAUUUUUUCAAUAAUUCUGAUGAAAUCAUUUUUAUCAUUCGAAAAAAUGAAAACCAUGAACAAGGUGCUUGGUUCGGAACAGGAAAGAGGACGGGAACAUUUGGCUCUUAUUUGUUGGCAUGCUAUAACCCGGACACUGACGAAUUCCAGACUUUGUGCAAAGCAGGCACUGGCUACUCUGAUGAAGCGUUGAAGCAGCAUCACGAUUUCUUUAAGUUACGGCUACAAGGAUUCUAUCUACUAUAGAAAUGACAUCAAGAUGAUCUUCAACACUUUUUACUCUUACUGUAACUUCCUUUUCCUUCUAGUACUAGUAUCAUCGAUCCUUACAACGAACUAUUUGCUCCAGCACUUAACUACUCCAUCCUCUAAUCCUCGACAAAACCCGAACCAGUCCAGAGAGCAACAUCGUGUGGACCGAGUCGCCGCAUAUCAAACCCGAUGUUUGGCUCGAAAUCUGCCAAGUAUGGGAGGUCAAAGCAGCAGAUUUGUCGAUCUCUCCAGUUCACUGUGCCGCAAUAGGCCUCGCUCACCCAGAAAAAGGCAUAGCUUUGCGAUUCCCGCGAUUCAUCCGAGUGAGGGAUGAUAAGAACGUGGAUGACGCGACAACGGCUGAGCAGAUCAGGCAAAUGUACGAUUCGCAGUCAGUUAUUGCGAGCGGAGGCACUGCUGGGGCAGAUGAUGGGGGAGAUGAUUUUCUCUAGUUCUACUCGUUGGAGAUGGACAUCAACUUCAACAUCUAGAUCAACCCAGAAUGGAUUUUUGAUGCAGCAGAUGUGAAUGUCUAUGUCAUGAUUUGCUUUCGAUCUUCAACUUUGUCAUGAAUGAAGCAGCGACUUGAUUGUAAUAAUUAGGCAUAUCCUGCUUUGGCGAAUGAACUCGUCUUUUUUUAGCUGCAGUUGAAAGCCUCAGUAACUACCCUCUCCCUGUGCGACACCAAGAAAAACAUACUGCAUCUAGAAGGUCGUAAAUCUAGAU